AUGGGAAGGCAGAGUGAACCAGAUGUUCAUUCUUCCAUUGCUCUCUUGCAAGAGAGGUUCCGACGGUUGCAGAGAGCUAAGGAAUUGAGGCAGGAAAGAGAGGUUUUACGGUUGCUAUCUGAAGCGGAGAGGAUCAAUCAAGGCACACCGAAUGAAGCAUCUCAAUUGUUUUUCCAUUCCGAAUUGAUCCUUCAGCCUAGACCACCUCUCCAAGGAUCUGUACACAGUGAAUCUAGCAUGCAAAAUCGACGUCAGGUUAUUGAGACUCCGAUAUUGUCGAACUUACAGCAGAGAGAUAUGGUCUUGCAUACAUCUACAUUUAGUGAUUCAGAUGUUGACACAUCACUUCAUCUGUGAACAACUGUACAAUGUUAGUCUAUUCUCAUAUUUUUGUUUCGUUCUCCAGUUUUUGGAGUCUUUACAUCUUCUUAUGGACCUGUAAGAAAAUGGUAAGGGAAAAAGGGCAGCCUUCCGGGGGUUUGGGGGGGGGGGGUAAUGAGAUAAAAAGAAAUAGUGUAAUAUAUAUAUAACUACUGUCCAUAAGGACUUUCUUUAUUCUCAUUAUGAUCAGCAGUUAUAUAGUGAUCUGAGAGGUCAUCCUCUUGCCUCUUUCCAAA